UCUGUGCAUCCCGCAGCUGCCCCUCGGGCCCACUUCCGGCGGGCCCGGGCCCGGGACGGACGCCGGCCGGCGGGUUAUGGACAGGAGGGGCUCCGGCUGCUGGAAGAAGAUGACAGCAAAGGGACAGAAGCAGGGCUCGAAGAGCAAGGAGGAUGCUCCAUAUGAGUUGGAAAGUCAGUACAUCCUGAGGCUGCCACCGGAAUUUGCAGCCACUGUGCGGAGAGCUGUGCAGUCUGGGAACGUCAACCUGCGGGAUCGCCUGACCAUUGAACUACACCCGGAUGGUCGCCAUGGCAUUGUGCGAGUGGACAAGCAGCCCUUGGCUUCCAGGCUGGUUGAUAUGCCCUGUGUCAUCGAGUCACUGAAGACCAUCGAUAAAAAGACUUUCUAUAAGACCGCAGAUAUUUGUCAGAUGCUGGUGUGUACCACGGAUGGGGAGUUGUACCCUCCACAGGAGGAGCCUGUGCCGGUUGAUCCCAAGAACAAAAAGAAAGACAAAGACAAGGAGAAGAAAUUCCUGUGGAAUCACAGCAUCACUUGCCCCCUAAAGAAUGUCCGGAAGAGGAGAUUCAGGAAAACUGCAAAGAAGAAGUACAUCGAAUCUCCAGAUGUGGAGAAGGAAGUGAAACGACUGCUGAGCACAGAUGCUGAGGCUGUCAGUGUCCGAUGGGAGGUGAUAGCAGAAGAUGAAACAAAGGAAGUUGAGAACCAGGGCUCACUGCCAAACCUCGACAGCUCUUCACCAGGAUCAUCUGGGCACAAGCAGGGGCACACCUCGGCAGUUGAGAGAGACGAGUUGCGCGAGAUCUUCAAUGACAUAAGCAGCAGCAGUGAGGAGGAUGAAGACGAAGGGGACCGCCAUGAUGACGAGGACCUGAAUAUCAUGGACUCCGAGGAAGACCUUGCCAGGCGACUGCAGCAGAAGCUCGAUGAAGGGGAUGGUCAAAUGAAGCCAAAGGAGGAAUCAAACCAAAUGGGUAAAGUGGCUGAGUUCCGUUAUGAAAUUGAGAGCCUGCGGCAGAAGCUACAGCUGACCCAGGAGAAGCGGAAGCGACAGGAGGACCUGAUCAUGAAGGUGGAGAACCUGGCCUUGAAAAAUCGUCUGCAGGCCGUGGUUGAUGAGAUCAAACAGCAGGAGGAGAAAGAAAAGCUUCAGCUGGCUUCUUUACAAUCACAGCUCGAGACCAUGCUGAAUAAAUGACCAACAUCGUCUCUGUAGCUUUUGUAGGCUUCCAGCAGGCACAGUUCAUUGCACACAGUGCCAAUCAUUCCAUUGACCAGAAUCGGCACUGUGGAAGGUGCAGGACAUGUACAUAGGGUAAAACUCCAAUAAAUGUGUUUUUAGUGAACAGUGAA